CGCUAUGGAGAGGAACGCGAGCACAGAGCCGUUAGAACUCAGCAUCAGACAGAUCGCGACGGUUCCAGACAUUUUACGGGUUUUCGUUCCUUCUUGUUUCUUCACAGUCGCUUGGUGUUGGAGGGUGGGCUUUGAGAUCACAGGAAGAGCUGUAUAGGCAAAGGGAAGAACAGGUUUCUGCUGCUAGAGAGUAUGUAGGAGCUUGCAAAAUCAAAACACGUACUAUCCCAGACACUGAGUGCACAUCCAGGGGGUACAGCUCUAGGAUCUGUACCACACCACACUCCUUUACGGAUACACAGGACUAAGUAGAAGUUCUUCAGAGACUUGGACCAGGGAAUAGUACAUCCGCUUAUAUUUGACUGAAUCAACUCGUAGGAUUCCAUUGUGGUAUAGAACAGUGCUGUAGGGAGAUGAAAACUCAGCGAUCAACACCCUCUAAGCCAACUACAGGACCAAAUGGUUGUUAAUUGUCAAGUUUGAUAAAGUACAAUUACGUUGUUGGUACUCAACUGAAAUAGACCAUAGAAGGAUUGUUAUCCAGACACAGCCCAGCAGGUUGAUAAUCUAGACACAAAAGCACAAUGCCUCGGAGUAUGGGCAUAGUUCUCCAGGCACUAAGGCAGCACAGCUAAAGAUUUGCCUGCUUACGACACCUGUACCAUGACGGGAGAGACUCAGAAUGCUUACCCUAUCAAAGAAUCAGACACUGGUUCCAAAGAGCAGGACAAAAGAGUCUUGCUUGACCAAUUCAGUGAGAGAACAAGAAAGGAGAACAGAGAACACUACAGGAGUGGGGGUUUGUUAAUUAGUGGAACUAAAUUUGCAGCCAAAGAGAAGGAAUACUCUCAGCGUGAAGCCAUAAUCCGGCCACAGCAAACAGGCAAAAUUGACUUUAAAUCCCUGCAAAAUCGACCAAAGUUCUCCAGUGAUGAAAGGACAUGGCCCAGCAACAAAGGAUGCCCUCAUUCUCCUACUGGAAAAAAAACCAGAGAAAAGGGCAAGAAAUCUGGGAAGUCAGAGCGCAGCAAUCCUCAACAGCUGUACAGACUUAGCAUAACAAAUCACCGUUCCAAACCAGCCAUUGGCAUUGCCUAUCCACAGCAGAAGGUUACACCACCGAAGAAGCUUGAGGCCAGUAGGGGACCCAUCUCGGGUAGUUAUAGAUUCCAUGUACCCAGCAUUCCUGAGCGAGAGGCUGAGUUACAGCAGCAAGAGCUCAGCUAUAGUCGAUGUAUCCAGGAGGCCUCCUCAAGCUUUACUUCCACUAACUAUACCUCACAGCCAGCAAGCACAACAGGAAGUGCCUCUGUCCAACACCAUCCAGCCACCACACAGCAGCUGGGGCUUCUCCAGAACAGUAGCAGCAGUAGCACACAGCCAGGCGGUCAGUUACUUCAACCUGAAUUUCAGGUUAAUGGUACCAAUUCUUGGCAGCCUACAGAAAAAACAUUCAGUGGUGUUAACUAUGGAGGUUCCUCUCAUAAAUUAAGUAUUUUUACCGAAGGAAAUAAAUCAAGUCCCAGUUUUGUGCCUUUGCCAUUUCAGUAUGAAUAUUCAUCACUGCAGGAGUCAGCUACUGACCCCUACCCCUGUGACCAGAGCAGUCAUCCCCAGGACUACAUAGACAUUUCAGUGGCAGCAACCCAGAUGAGUCAAAGCCCUUUCAUUCAUUCCUCAGGGGACGGGCAAGAGGAAUCACAAUCUAACAGCCAGACUGAUGUUGAGCAGCCAGAGGGAAGAACGGCUUACCCUCAGCCCCUUCAACAUGCACAGUUCCUACAUUCUCCACAUGGACCACAGCCCUCCUUGCAUUGCUACAAGGGCAGGAAUGAGCACACGUCUGAUAAUGAGAGUUUAAUUUCAAGCUCCAACCAGUUAGAACAGAAAAACAGCUGUCUCAAUGACAAUCCAACCACUUUCAGGGACAACACAGGUGUGACCCUAGUGUCAGUCAGCAAAAGUGUCUGUCCUCCCAAAGACACAGUUCAGAGAAUACUGGCUGAAGGAAACAGUCACCAUGCUAGAAACCUUCAAAAUCUAGACUCCCAAAUGGAGUUAACAAAUAAAGCUUACAACAGCUCAUUAGUUAACACUAUGCAUAUGGGAACAGUACCCUUUGAAAAAAGCAUCCCUUGCAUAACCAAUAAAAAUGUAAGCAAACUGUCACAAACUUGGGAAGGGGAUAAGGUUUCCUCUUCAUUUGACCACAAUUCCUUGUCUUUACACGCCAACCCAAAUGAUAAGAAUCAGUUUAACUGUCAGCCAACUGUUGAACAGAAGCUGCAUGGACCCAAAAACAGAAAAAUGCCUUGGCAACAGAUACAUCUAACAUCAGUUAUGCCGAAACAGAACAGGAUAGAACUAUCAAGGCAGCUGAGCAACCAGAAGCUGACAUUUUUGGCAGCACCCUCAGACUGGCAGGAUGUGAACGAACCACAUAGGAAUGGCUCCCUGAACAGCCCAGACAGCUUUCACAGUAAAACACCUGACGAAAGCUUUACCAAUCAUCAAGAGAGUAUCAAGCAGAACUGUAAUAACACAUCUGUGUUUCCUUAUGAUGCUAAUGCAGAAGUUACCACCUCUCAGGUUUGUGACACUAGGAGUAAGCCUUUUUACUUUGAACAGAAACAAUUGUGCAGAGCAACAUCCAGAACUAACAACCAUGCUCCUUUGCAGGUUCCACCUGUGGGUUUAUCCCCAUGUGAAUCCCCUUUGCAGAAUGCUACUUCAGGCAGUACCUGCUCUUCCCUUUCUCCGACUUCUAACAGCCCUGUCAUCAGUUCUGAAGACACCCAACUUCCCACACGUGGUCCACCCCCUCCAUUUUACCAACAACACCAAGGGAAGAUCUUGACACCAUCAGAUCAUCUUAAUUCAGACUUUCAACACUUUCACACUAACUUGUCAAGGACAUUUCUUAACACCUCAGAGAGAGUCAAAGAAGAUGCAUUGAGCAGCUUGCACAAUAUCAAGUAUAGGUCCACUAUGGACAGCGUUAAGAGUUGUAUGCACAGCAUUCCAGUUGAGCACAAACCCCCUCCAUCAUAUUCAGCACAUCAGCUUCUUGCUAGCUCUUUAGCCACAGCCAAUCUUGACCAGCUGGAUGUUCUUCUAACCUGCAAACAAUGUGAUCAGAAUUUCAAUAAUCUGGCUUCUUUUCUUGAUCAUAAGCAAUACUGUGGAAAUCACACAUUGACUCAUAAAAAUGAAUUUAAAAAUGAGCCAAAGAUGGAGGAUUCAAGAAAAUGUCAGACUGACUCUGCAAAGACCACUGGUACAACUUUCACUUUGUCAAAGUAUCCAUCUGACCUGCAUUUAUCCCUGUUGGGGCUGAACAAGAAUGGAGAACUAAUGUCUGACAGUGAGAUCAAAGGAGAACCAAAGGAUGACUCCUCCAAGCCCAAUGUGUUUAAUGUUACUAGCAACCUUCCUAUUCCAAUUCCUGAUUUGGAGAUGGAUGAUGCUAAACUGGACAGCCUUAUCACAGAAGCCUUAAAUGGUCUGGGAUAUCAAUCAGAUAAUGCAGAGAUUGACAGCAGCUUUAUAGAUGCUUUUGCAGAUGAUGAACUUACUACUGCUAAAGUCACAGGAAGCGUGCAGGUGGUGAAAACUAAAGACUGCAUGAUGUAUGACAGCAGAAGCAAACAUUUAGAUGUCGAUGAUGACAGAUCUCAGUCACAGGGGAAAUGUCUACAGGAGCUUGACAGGGACAGCUUGAAUACUAAAAAUAAAAACAAAACAAGCAUUCUGGAAAAGGUUCAGCAGGAAUCAUUUAUAGACUCUGAACUAAAGGAAAAAGCUUAUGUGAAUCAACUGACUCCUCGGUGUAAACUUAGGGAUGCUUCACCAGAGAAAUCCUUUGAGCAAUUUGGGAUUAGGAAAGAAGGGAGACAUUCAACAGACAGUAGUGCAGAAGCAAGCAAAGAAGAUGCACGAUUUUUCCUAUCCAGUAGGUUCACGGAAAGAUCGACAGUCAAAACUUUCCAGGAAAGCUAUUCCUCAGUCAAAUCAUCUGUUCCUCGAGUCUCUUGUAGUACACGAAACUCUGGGAAAACUGGAGUGAAGGAUUCUAAGAGGAAGAAAGCAGGUGGCGGAACUUGGAGCAAAGAACUAAUCCACAAAAUAGUACAACAGAAGAACAAGCUUCAUAAACUCCAUGCUAAGGCUACCAAAAACCAACAAUUUUCCCUCAUAAUGGAGAAACUUACUCCAUCUGCACAGGACCCAAAGUUUGAGGAGUAUGACUAUGUGUCAGAUUCAGAUGAGGACUGUAGACCCCUGAAGAUGGUAAGUCGUGGUCGACUAGGGCAUAGCCGGCGUUACAAAUAUACGUAUUCAAAGGAAUACAAGGGCGGAGAGAGAAGUAGUAAAUCAAAAUCAAUUCCAUGGAACUGUGAGUCCAAUGAAAGCUUGGAAGUUAAAGUAACAGAGGACAUUUCUCCAUCCACAACAAAACAAAUCUCCAGCUGCAGAGUGAGGAGAAGAAGAAGCAGCAGGUCUUCCACAAGCAGUGAACACAGCACACCAACCAGCAUUUCCUGUGAGAGCGUCUAUAGCCCCAAAAACACAGAUCGCACAGACUCUGACAGUGAAAAAGGGUUGGCAAUGAAGAAAAUUAGCUCCAGCAAUGUAGUACUCAUGGAUUAUUAUGUGCAUGAUGUGUAUGAGACAUCAACAGUGGAGACAUGCAAGGAACCCAAUAAAACAUCAUCACAGUUAUUCUCCAGAAACACUAAGAGAUAUGGCUCUGCUAAGUUUCUCCUUUCUGCUAACUUGAACUCGUGUAGAAUAGGUAUGGAGAAAAAGUCUGAGUUAAACAACACCAUCAAUGGCAACAAAAGCUUUAAAAGGUACAACAGCAUAGGAGUGUCUUCACAGGGAAAGGAGCAACACUGCAGCACUGAUUUAACAGGCAUGGCACAAAGUACUGAACAAUGCUCAAAUCUUCUAAAGGACAGAGUAUUUAAUGACUCGUUUAAAAGCUUGGUCAGUGAUUCCUCCACUUCUGGACCUCACUCUAAAUUGUUGGCAGUAGAAGUAAUGCCAGACACCAACCAAACCAGCAGAACUCAAAAAAAUGACAUCUUUGAUGCUGAGAAGUCAGAGUAUAAAAGUAGUGGUGGAAAAUUUUCUAAUAUUAAUACAGAUUUACUGCCAAAUGCUGAAAAUCCAGAAGUCCGACGCAAAGAAGAGCCUGAAAGAUUUAACUGCCACCUAGAAAAUAAGAGCACAAUACUGAGCACACCUCCUAUGGAGAGGUUGCACAGGCAUCCACCAGAAAUGCAGGACCUUGCUUUACAUAAGGAAAUUGCUAGGUCUGGCCCUACAGAACCAGAUCAGAGCCUGGUAAAGUCACCACUCCAAUUUGACACAUCUUCAUUAUUCGGAGAAAUUACAGCGGCAGGGUUUGACAGUAGCCUCUACACAGAUAUAUCAGUAAACAAUGAAGGCUUUAACUCUUUUGGUACCAGGUCAGAGAAGAAAGAGCUCUUUGAUCCAGCUUUCUCUUCAUAUUUGAGAAACAAAGACUGGAGUCUGAUGACUGACGUGACAUCUAUACUAAGAGAUGAGGGUCCUCAAUUCAAAGACCUUUUUGAAAAGGGAAUCACGAAAAAAACUAACUCUGGUUUGCAGAUGACUCUGCCAGACAAGAUUUUAGACUAUGACACCAAUCCCACUAGUACAGUCUCUGAGGAUGAGCUAGAGAUAAAGAAGAUUGUGUCAGAGCUAGAAAGCAAACUCCAGACCGAGAAGCAGAAUAGUUCUUCAAGUACAAGUGAAGUUUCCAAGCACUUGACAAACAACAAAUCAUCUUCUUUGCAACUGGACCAUGAAGCUGGGAAUAACCAAAGUGGAACAUCAGUCCACAAAACUGUUGAAUGUGCCAAAAUGGUAACAGCUGAUACAAACUUGGUGGACACAUACAUUGAUACAGAUCCUUCUUGGUCCAGUCCAUUUAAUUUUGGGUUGUUGGAAGGACAGCACUGUGUGCACACUCCAAUUCAUGAUCACAGCGGUGCUAAAGAUCCAUCUUCAGCAACUACAGGGGGAGAUGUACAGUCACCUUUAAAGCAAAUAACAGAGGAUGCCGAGGUGCUCAAUAAAUCUUUUGCAGAAAAAUCUGAUGAACUAUUGGACAGUGAAAUGUAUACUGAGAACCUCAUGAAAUGUCUUGAGGUAAUUUCUGACACUGUUCUCAAAAAACCAUGUUUAACUGGUGAGUUAGAGGACUCACAUUUCUCUGAAUUUCUAAACCCAGAGCAGCCAUGCAAAGACAAUACAGCUGUCAGAGAACAUCACAAUGAAAUACAUUUCACUCAAAUUAAUGACGCUGGGAAUCAAAAGCCUCCAAAGCAUGAUGCUAUGCUUUUUCAAUUUGAGAACUCUAUGUGUUUACUGGAUUCAAAAUGUGAACUGUCACCAAACCAGAGAGAUACUACUGGAGGAGUCACAGUAUUUGAAUUAGCAUCCAAAGAGUGUAAAAAUAUAAUGUUCCAAGAGAAUCUUUCUGACACCAAAAAAAGCCAAAUUGACAUAAAUGAAAAAGAAUCAGAACUCAAUGAAUUUCAAUUUAUUGAAGAAAAAAUCAAAGAAAAAAAUGUUAUAUAUGGGGCCUCAGAAAAACUUCAGUCAGAGGAAUAUGAACAAAUCCUUAAAAGCAAAGAGCCUAUUUCUCAGAAACAGCUUCGUAGCCCUAACAAACACAACGAAAAGGAACAUAUCGAAGGUGGCCAUAACACAAUUUUGCGUAUUAGCCACUCUCUGCCUGUCUCCAUUGCAUCAGAGGACAGGAAGAACAACCCCAAAAUCUUAAAAUAUACAGAAGAAACACCUAAAACUUCAGACAACCAACCUAAAACUCUCAUUUCUCCUUCAUGUCAGGAAAUAACACUGGGAUCUGCAGGACAUGACAUUACUGUUUAUGACCUGCUUGAGAAUGACCCACAUGAUAAAAUCAAGGAAACAGUGGUGCAUGAGGAUUUACAAAAGGUUCUCCCCUCCCAUUCAGAAGACUCAGUCCUCCCUGGUUGUGAGUUAACUGUGUCUAAAAUGAAACAUAUGGACAGUGAAAGACCUCUGUUGACUGCUGCAGAGCUUGGUAGUACACUAGCAAAAAUUCAACUUAUUGACUGUGCUUUUGAAAAUAACUCAAAGUCUGAAGUUAUUUCUGAGUUUGGAGACAACCCCCAGCAAGUUCCCUCUAAUGAAAUGAUGACUUCUGUACAUGCUGAAUGCAGAGAGAACAUAUUAAGCAUAGAGGAGAAUGGCACAUCUUGUGAAAAUGCCCUGCCUAGCUUCACACCACAAAACUCUUUGCUCCAUUCUGUUACUGAUCCUGGGGAACUAAAUAAGUGCCAGUCUAAGAGGUUGUGGAACAAUCUUGAAACACUGUCCCUAGCUAGAAAUAACCAUGAAAUUAACAAAAACGAAAAACAGUUAAUUAAGUCCACUGUGACACCAAAUUCUGGGGUACCAGAGUUGUUAAUUGUGGACCUUGAAAUGGCUGAAAAGAAAAACUCUGGGCCUGACUGUGAAGCUUCAAUUCCAUCUGACCUCUCCCUGCUCAGCACAUAUGAACAGCAUGAUUGUUUGAUAAACAAUGAACAGACACUGAAGGCAGAUCUGCCAAAUGAGCAGAAAAGGAAUCAGGAGACCUUAUACAAAUCAAAAGAAACUCCACUGGAUUUUAAAGAAAUGCCUGAAUUAUCACAUCACCUUGAGGAAUGCAAUGAUAUAUCUACUGGUUUACAUGAAAGCACCAAAGUACAGAAUGUCCUCAAGACAUGCCUUAAAGAUAUCCCUGAUCAGUGGCAACUUGGUGCUGCCAUGCCUUUGACUUUCAGCACAUCAAUAAAUUCUGUCAACACAGUACAAAUGGACAAAAACUCAUCAGCAACCACAACAGAGAUUUGUUCACUUGACCCAGCUUUACAAAACAGUAGUACACAAAACAACUCAAAGUGCUCCUGUUCAACACCAUGCUGCCCUUGUGGCAAACAGAGAUGUACUUCUCCCAUUAUGAAUGUUGUAUUGGAAUUAUCAUCCAAAGUGCCUCAUGAUGCAGACCUUUGUCACUCUGCUUUUGAAACUAUUGACUAUACAGACUUACACAGUAGCCUGUUUAAAAAAACAGAGGUAGAAAACUUGGACUUAAAUAUGCACCUAUCUGAAUCUGAUGAAUCCUCCCAAAGACAAAGUCCAUCUACUGAUCAGGAAACUUUCCAAACCUCUUCAGUGUGUCCUGAAGAAGCUUCUGGACUAUCAAGACAUACCAAAUCUUUCAAAUUAAAAGGCGGAACAUGUAAGGGAAUUAAAGCAUAUGCAAAGAGGUUUUAUAGUGACUCAGAAAAUCAGAAUGUAGCCUCAAAAGUAAUAAAGAACGAGAAGGCUUGCAGACAAGGAGCAAUACUGUGUGAAAUUUGUUCUGCAUGUUUUCGGACCCUGCCAGGCCUAAAACGACAUAAAGCAAUGAAACAUGUAACAAAAAAAGAUGGGAGCACAGGCCUGGAAAGUUUAAAUACAAAUUAUCAAGAAAGUGUGCCCAUUUAUAAAAAAACAUUGUUUGUAGAAACAGGAUCUGGAGAUGAUCCUGUAGGCUUGGAAUAUAAGGGCUGUUUACAAAUGAAAAACAAGGAAAACCGUAACAAGCUAUCAUCUGAAGCAAAUGCACCAUUUUACAGAUUCAGUAAAGAGGAGAUUCAAUUGUCCUGUGAAGGAACUAACACAACUCGGUUGAUGAUCCUCGAAGACAAAGAAAAGCAAAGAGUCCUUCCUUCCAUGGCAAGAAUUUCAAAAAGCUGUGAAGUACAGAAAAACAGGAAAGUGGAUACUAACAAGAGUUUGUUAAGUAAAGACAUAAAUCCAGAGCAGUUCUCAGAUGACUUGCUCAAUAUACUAAAAACUGAUAUUUUACAGGCUAUUACACCAAAUUUUUUCACCCCACCUCAACAGUCAUGUAGUAAACAGCAUAAAAAUCAAGAUGAAAAUGAAAAAACACCCAAAGACUUAAAAUUUAAGGCCAAUGCAGAAACAAACACAACUUCAGUGGAUUCUUGUCAAUACAAAGGAUGUGUUGUAAUUAAGGAGAAUGAAACAGUGACUAAUGAGGAGAGCAGAACAGAACCUCUCAGAAUGAUAGACGGAGGUGAAACGGAAAAUAAUGAAAUUUGCAGCAGCACUAGAAGUAACUUUCCUGGCAUUAAAGAAACUAUUGAUCCAAAGGUGAUUUAUGCUGAGAAAAGUGUCAGCACAGAAACAUUUGGAGAAGGUCCUGAUGAGAUUAAAUGUGAGAAAAACUCCUGCUUGACAGAGGCCAUAGAUAGUCACUGCUUUUGUUUUAAAGAUUCCUCACCAAGCACAGUGCAACCAACCCUAGGCCUGGAGGCCUUACUUGAUGAUGAAAACAACUUUUCCCAGUUGUUUCCCAGAGAUGAAGCAAUAAUUAGGAAAAAGUGCACAAGGGUUUAUGGGAAACGGAAUAAAAAGCAGCAGAUCAACCCUAUUCUUCCUGUACCUGAAGCCCAUCCUGCUUCCAGUGUAUCAUUAGAUAAUGAAAAACAUUCAGAGACUCAAGGUAGCACUGAAAUAAUGAUUCAUGUGGAAGAUAGUUGCAAGUAUGAAACUAUAUCAAUGGACCAUGCCAUAAUGUUGGACAUGUGUCACAAAAGCACUUUAAAAAAUGAGUUUGACAAAAUGGUCUACAAAGCAGACAGGUUAGAAGGCCACAAAAGUAGUGUUCUUGAAGAUAGUGAAGGUUUAGGCAUACAGGGUUUCUCAAGUCCAACCAACCUCACUAACUGCAAGGCAGCCAUAAACUGGGGUACAUCCGAUGUCCUGACAGAAACUGUACUGUCAUCUGACACUCAAAUUGCAUUGAAGUCAGAACAUCCAGUUUCAAACUGCCCAAAGAAAUUCUCAGAUCCUGCAAAUCCAAUUUCCAGUGAAAUACAAGAUAUUUCUAACUUUCAUGACAUAGACAUCCAGAAUCUUAACACUAAAUUCCAGCUUCCUGAAAUGUCAUUGUAUGAACCAAGCAAAAACCUUCCACUAGAUGUACAAAUUACAAAUGAGGAUAUGGAGGUCAGUGAUGACAUGAAGUCCACUAAGAAGCCAACAGAACGCAGAGGGCGAAAACGGAUUGAGGGGGGACUCAAGCUCAGGGACAAACAGUACAAGUGCAAAGUGUGUUUCACAUGGUUUCUCACUUUAGGGGAGCUCAACUUCCACAAGCUUUCUCACAAUCCCUCUCCACCCCCUACCUGUUACAUGUGUGUCCAACGCAAAUUCAGCUCCCGGGAGCAGCUGAGAGACCACCUUAGGGAGAAGCAUGCCAAGAAUAAAGCAGGUAUCUGGACCUGUGGCAUGUGUCUUAAGGAAAUUUCAGAUGUGUGGAUGUACAAUGAGCAUCUACGUGAGCAUGCCACACAGUUUGCCCGCAAAGGCCAGACACAGAGCUCAAUUUUAGGCUUGCCAGGCUGCUUUAUGCAAGAGACAGCAGUAAAGAAUUUCAUCACCUCUAUCAUGCAGCACAGACCUACCAAGUGCAGCAAGGGAGAAAAAGGUAAAAUAUUGUCCAAGGAUGCAGGGAAGGCAAUCAAAGAGAAUGUGGAACAGAAGUCAAAGACCAAGGAUGUACAUGAAGCUGAAGACGUGAAAACUGAUGGACAAUCGGAGGAUGAUGGAAAACAGACUACACCCUCACAACCAAAGGUUGUAAAUAAAGCAGAGGGUACACAAAGGAGCAUUGAAAUGCAUCCCAACUGUAAAGAUCCUUCCAGAGACUGCCAUCACUGUGGCAAGCAAUUCCCCAAACCCUUCAAGCUGCAGCGGCACUUAGUGGUGCACAGUUUGCAAAAGAUUUUUCUGUGCCAUAGAUGUCCAAUUUUUUACCAAGAUGCAAAGGAGCUGAAAGAUCAUCUGAAGAGUGUACACAAGGAGAUAGAAGAACAAGACCCCAAGCACACCACACUGUAUACAUGUGAGCUCUGUGCUGAUGUCAUGCAUGUCAUUAAGAAGUCCUUCAUUUGUAGCACCUGUAACUAUACCUUUUCCAAAAAAGAACAAUUUGACCGGCACAUGGAGAAACACCUGACAGAAGGAAAUCAGAUCUUCAAAUUCAGAGGGGUGUUAAGGCCCAAUAAGCUUUCUACUUGCUAUUCCAAUGAUGAAGAAUUUGACUUUUUACCCAACAAGAGGAGAAAAAUAGCUGUAGAAAAUCAUCUGGAUGCCAGUUUUGAAAGUAUUUCUGCUUUGCAGUUUAGUGAAAGUGCAGAGGGAGAGGUACAAAAGUCUGUAGUCACUCCUACAUCAGAUUUAUUUACCAGUAACUCUUUUUCUGAACACAAGGACACCAGCAUAAAAACUGAAGACCGUGUAGAUGACUUCCCUGAGAUCCUCCCUUCAUUUCAGAAGUCACCGCUUUUUGUGACUUCAGACUCUAGAAGCCUUUUUCCUUCAGUGGAAAAAUCGCAGAUGAGUGGAUUUUCUUGCCCUUCUGAAGAGGCUUCCACUAUGGAAACCUGCAGCAUUGAAGAACAGUGUGCCACAUCCCCCUCAGAAAACAAAAUUAAUGCAAAGGAUGUGACUUGCAGCCAAACUGAAAAAGAAGCCAUCAUGUUAUCUGCAAAAGAUCAACAUGAGAAUCAGCCAUCUCUGAAAGACUGUAGCACCACCCAGGAAUAUUCAGAAAGCAGCACCAGUGCAAAACAGCCAUUAUCCAAAGACCUUUCCUUAAUCAACAAGGUAGAUUUAUUUCAGACUUCAGGCUGCACCAAUGUUACCUGUACACCUGAGGGUGCUACUUCUGCCACAGAGUCACCCGUGAUUCAGACCAAAGGCCCUGACCAUGUAGCAAAUGUUACAAAUUCACCUGAGACUGUUAAAGUGUUCAAUUCAACCACUGCAGAGAGGACAUCUCCAGCUGGAUGCCCUAAAGAUUUAUUUGUAGAUACGUGUACAAACCUAAUUUCAGAGGCCUCAAAUUUAGUUAAAGUUGACUCACAUAACUGCAGAGAAAUUAAGCAGAAAUCAGCAGAUUAUGUCACAGACCAAACUGGGGUGGGCAAUAUAAAACAUCAUUCCAGUGACAUACAAAAAACUGAAAGUCAGCAGAAAGUACCAAAGCCCCAGAGUAACACUGAACAAGGCGACAGUCUGGCCAAGGACAAAGUUCUACUGAAGCUUAGUGAAAGAGCUAAACAAGAGUCUGACAGUAGCCUAAAACCUGUCGCAGAGUCCAUGGCACAGAUCAAGCAGAAAAAGAGGAAAGAAAUAAAGGAACAUCAGAACUGUAAGAUGUCCACCACUGCAACAAGAGAGAACUUUGAUGUGGACAUGAGAAACACAAAAAAACUGAGAGUUCAGAGUUCCAAUAAGAAUGAAAGCACUGGCAACCACAAGAAAGGUGAUGCUGGCAAUGACUGUCCUGUGCUUUCAUCUGUGAGGGAUGACUUGGCUACUAACAAAAUAAUUCCCAGGCAAAAAACUGAGGGGCUAAACUCACAGACAAAGAAAAACCUUUUCAACAGCCGUCUCCUAAAAAAGGCUGAAAAUGUACAACAGUUAAAUAGGGAUCUAAAUAGGGAUCAUAAAGGGAAAAAAGGAGUGAUAGGAAGACAUUUGCAACUUCCAUCGUCCAAAACAUCAGUUUCCUCUGUAAACAGUUCCUUGAGUAAGUGCAGAUCCCUUACUGGGAUGAGACCAUUGGAGUCACACACUUUUCGGACAGCAGAGUCACAGAAUCACCUCUUGAACCAACUAUUUGGCCAAAAACUCACCAGCUUUAAGAUUCCUUUAAGGAAAGACACUUCAGAAUCAUUGAACUGAGCAGAGCUAUAGAGGAUGCUGUGAAACAAAAAAUGUGUUAAAAGACAUCAUGGUGCUGAACCAGAGCAAUUUCUUUGUGUAAACUUGCAUGGCUUCCUCUGUGAAAUGUUUUACUUAUAAUUUGUCACUUUCUGCCUGUUAAAUGUCUUCUUAAUCUUUUUUUUUUAUCAUUAAGAUAAAAAAGAUGACUGAAAGUUUGAUCAGCUGACAAAACCAGUUACUUGUGGACAGAGCAUAUCUGUGAAAUUUCUAAUUUUCUGAUGUUGACCAUGUCAAUAGCUCUGUGGGUCUGUAUUGUGUAUAUAAAAAGAAAUGGAAAUGAUACUUGAAAAUGAUUUUUCCAUAGAAAAAUGCAUGAGUUCCACAUUUAUAAAAAGAUAAUGGAAGUUAUGAAGUUAUUACUUGUCAACACAGGACCAAAAGAUGUCCACAAAACAUCUGGGCAAUGUCAGUGCACCUCUUCAAGAGCUCCAGUUAGCAGUUUAUGUAUUCUCUUUUCUUACUGUACUUACAUUCAUUGCAUUAGCUUUUAUAUAAAAAAUACCUGGUGCUAUAUUGUUAUUCUUUAUUAAAAUGUGAAUACAGAUAAGUCUUUAACCCAAGGUAUUAAAUGUGCAAAAGUUACAUUCAUCCAGCUUUUUAACUGGUGGUUUCAACAUGAGAAGAAAAAAUAUUCUUUACUGAAAAUGUUUGUGGGUUCUGAAAAAAGGAAAUUGUUAAAGUCUUCAAUACUGAAACUCAGGUGCAAAAAUUACCAUUCAUGUUACUCAAAAUUGCCCAUGUUAGGAGCCUUUCUUAUGCACUGACGCUACCAUGAGCAACAAAAACAACAAAGUGUCUGUCCUUCAGUUCUGUUUUCUAGACUAAAAAGGUGCUUUAUGAAUAUGUUCAUAUGUAUCUUAUAUUGUAUAAUAUUGUAAGUAGUUAACUUCAAGUGCAAUCCAUAAUGUCAAAGUUUUAUUUUGAUAAUGUAAAACAGGAAAAAAGGGAAUGGAAACUUGACUUGCAAUUCAUUGGUUAAGAAUUAAGUCCUCCAAAGUGCCUCUAUAAAGUUAUUGAAAAUAUUAAAACUGCAUCUCAUGAAUGACUGUUUUGGGACUUGUUUUUUUCUUAACAGUAGGUGAUAUAUUUCCUCAGAGAAACUGCAGAGAACAGUUUGUUAUAUCAAAGAGGGAAAUAGUUCAACAAAUAUUUUGCUAAAACAGUGCUUCUAAAUGUUCCUCCCCUACAUACAUGAAUGCAGCCAGUUCAGUUAUUUUUCUAAUGGGAACUGGACAAAAAAAAAAAAAAAAAAAAAAAAAAA